AUGACCAUAUUCACCUUGUUAGCAGUCGGUACUAUAUACACCACAUCAGCUGUAUGCGAGAAUUUGCAUCUCAAGAAAGAAACUCCCAAAUUCAUGGAAAUGUUCACUAGAGACAAGGAGAACGUGUACGAUGUGAGACGAAAAAUUCAUGAAAUGAAGUAUGCGCCUGGAAUAUUAUGGGCACCAACCACAUGGCCACCAGUAAACCAGCUUUUCAACCCCGAGGGACGCCAAAGGUUCUGGGAGAAAUUGAUGCCAUCCGAAAAGUUUACUUACACAGUCAUGGCUACGAAUAUAGGAAUUCAUACUCUAAGUAUCUUCACACCAGCAUUGUGGAGCAAUAUCUUCAUGCAUAUUCCUGGUACAAAUAGAAACUUCACGUUACUUACAUGUGUAUUUGGUCAUGGAUCUCUUAUUCAUUUAGGUUUCAAUAUGUACGGAUUCCAUUCAUUCAUGCCAACCCUAGGACAAGAUCCGACUUUUAAAUCGAGUAUUGCUCAUAUGACGGCUUUCUAUCUAUCGACGGGUGUCAUUAGCAGUUGGGCGCAAGCUUCAAGUGCAAGAUUUCGUCCUAAUACCCCUGCGGUACCGUUCUUGGGAGCGAGUGGUGCUGUUUUUGCCCUAAUUGGUGCUUUUGCUUUACAGCACCCAGAAGCUCAAUUCCAAAUCAUGUUCAUUCCAUAUCCUUUUGCGGCCCAAGAGUUGUUGAGUGCAGUUAUGUUAUUUGAUCUCCUUGGCAUGUUUGGUGCAUUCAAAACGCUCAGAUUGGCACAUGCGGCGCAUUUAAGUGGUGCUCUUUUGGGCUUAGGAUAUGUUCAUUUUGAUGGCGAGAAGAGGAUUUGGCGUCCUUUUUGUAGAAGUGUUUAUAAGUCACUUGGGAUGAGAAAAUGGGAGAAUAAAGUUUAG